AUGGGUCUGGUAGAGGGCUACGAUUCUGAAAGUUCCGAUGCUUCUAAUUAUGAUGGUCAUGAAGAGGUAGGUCAACUGCAACAUUUACAUAAUGAUGCUAAUUCUCAAACUACAAGCAAGAAUAAUGAUACUAGUAGAGACUCUGAUAAUGUAGUUAUAACUGAAUUAGAUCACACUAAGAGGCGUUUAAAAUAUUCCAAGUCAGAGUUAAGAUCAUUUAGAAAGAAACGGAAGAGUGAUAGUCCCUGGGGGAAGUGGUCAGAAAGUGAAAGUAUCAAUAGUGAGAGUGAUUUAGAGGUUAAUACAGAUUUAAAUGAAUACCAGGAUGAAUCUCAGUUCAAGACUCUGGAAAAAGAUGUUGCAGAAAAGUCCACUUUCCAUGGGGAAUCAGAAAAGGAUUACAAAGGUCGUUCAUUUACAUAUCCGCCUAUUGAUGUCGAAUGUGACCUCCAAAAGCCAGCAUUAUCAUUCAAGUGCUACUUGCCAAAGAAAGAGAUAUAUGUGUAUCAAGGACACCGCCAUGGUACUACAAGCUUAGAAUUUUUCCCCAAAACUGGGCAUCUAUUUGUUUCAGGCGGUAAUGACAAUGUAAUUAGGAUAUGGGAUUUCUAUCAUAAACGAGAACUAUUAAGGGAUUAUAUUGGACAUUCAAAGGCCAUUAAAACUACAAAUUUUAAUGAUGAUGGGAAAAUGUUUAUAAGCUCCUCGUUUGAUAAAUAUGUUAAAAUCUGGGAUACAGAAACAGGAAAAGUAAGAAGUAAACUUAGAUUGAACAGCACGCCAAAUGAUGUCAAAUUUCGACCAUUAAAUCCAAAUGAAUAUAUAGUUGGUCUGUCUAAUUCUCAGAUAAAACAUUACGACACUAGAGUGUCGGAAAAGCAAGGUUUGAUUCAGGUAUAUGACCAUCACCAGAGUAGCAUUUUAAAUUUAAGAUACUUUCCAGAUGGUACAAAAUUCAUCUCAUCUUCUGAAGAUAAAUCGGUAAGAAUAUGGGAGAACCAAAUUAACAUUCCCAUUAAACAAAUUAGUGAUACUGCACAACAUUCUAUGCCAUUUAUAAAUAUCCAUCCACAAGGACAUUAUUUUUCAACACAGAGUAUGGAUAAUACUAUAUAUUCAUUUGGGAUGAAACCUAAAUAUAAAAGAUAUCCUAAAAAAACGUUUAAAGGUCAUACGUCUUCUGGUUUUGGUAUUGAACUUGCAUUUUCUCCAGAUGGGAAGUAUAUUUGUUCUGGUGAUGCUAAUAGUCGGUUAUUUAUUUGGGAUUGGGUUACUACGAGAUUGUUGAGAACAUUUGAAGUUCCUGGAAAAAAACCAGUAACACAAGUAGCAUGGAAUCCUCAAGAAACAAGUAAAGUAAUCUGUUCUGGUCAAACUGGUGAAAUUUAUUUGUAUGACUGA